AUGCCGUACGAUCCCCAUAACCCUUUGGCGGUUGCCUUGCCAUACACGUUCAAUUCCGAGGGAGAGUUCCCCACAGAAGUCAUGGCCAACAGGUUCCAGGCUUGGCGGUCUAUCAUCAAGGACUUGGUUAACUACCUCAAGGAGUACGCCAACGUCCAAGAAGAACGGGUCAGACAGCAGAUUCGUUUGCAGCAAGCAGUGGGAAUUUCUACCAGCUCGUCAGUUUCGGCCAACUCGUCGUCGUCACAUGGCCACUCUUCGUCGUCUUCAAACUCGGCAAAGGACGACUUACUCGCCAUCAACAAGUUCUUUCUCCCCAUCGGGAAUGGCUCGGUCCAGGAUUUACCAACCAUUCUCACCAAGUUCCACCAACAGAACGUAACUAACUCCAGCAAGACGCUCAAGGACAUCAACCAGAUUAUAAUACCCAAACUUGAGGAGUUAAGAAAGGACUUGCUAGUCAAGAUCAAAGAGAUCAAAAACUUGCAGAACGACUUCAAGACGUCCUUGGGAAAAGAAUUGAGUGAGACAAAGCUCUUGAUUUCACAAUACCAUCAAGCUUUUGAACUAUCCAAUAAGCUUGAGCACGGCUCAUCUUCAGCUCACCAUCUGGACUCUGGCAGUGAAAGUGGAAAGUAUGACCCUUAUUUGGUUAAAAUCAAGUUGGACAGACAAUUGAAGCGACAAUUGAGUGAAGAAAACUAUCUCUAUGAAGCAUAUACCAACUUGCAAUCUUCAGGUGGGAAGCUUGAGUCGAUUAUUGUUUUAGAAGUUCAGAACUACUUGUCAAUGUUCUUGAAUUUGCUCAGCACCGAGAACUCGUCUUUGUCGAACUUUUUGCUUCCCAACUUGAACAACGGCUUUUUAUCGAAAGAAACCAGCUUUGAAUGGGAUGCUUUCAUUUCCCGAAACUUGCCAGCAGCAUCAGCGAUAAGUGCUGUAGGAAUAAAUAGUUCCAUUGCCAAACAUGGCACCUUUAUUGACCUUUCUAUUCCUCAGAGAAAGCUUUCAGAGUUGAAGAUUCCUAAUUUCGACUCAAACUUGAAUGUAGCUAUCAGAGAAGGUUUCUUGGAAAGGAGAUCGAAGUAUCUCAAAAGUUAUUCAAGUGGCUGGUACGUCUUGACUUGUAAUUACAUUCAUGAAUUCAAGACAGCCGACAGGAAGAAAGACCAGCAGCCGGUCAUGUCUUUAUCAUUGGAUACUUGCACUGUUUCUGACCAUUCGAAAGAUGAUGGCAAGGCUGGAGGAGCAUACAAGUUCAUCUUGAGUCUGAAACUGACCUCUGGCCUUGUUCACAGAACCCACAACUUGGUAUUCAGAACAGACACGUUCAAGAGCAUGAUAGACUGGUACAACGACAUCAAGAUGUUAACAUCUUUGCCUACCCCAUCGGCCCGUGGUAGACACAUCGCCAAAACUAGACCUAAAACUAAUCUCACUUCCAACAGCUCGAAAGCCAUUUCUCGGGCUUCAAGUUUGUAUUCGUCCACAACGAAUGGAGGAAGGUCAAUUAGAACUGGAAACUCGGCAGCUUCUCCUCCCAAUGCAGCUACGAAGCAGAGACCUUUGUCUCAGGCUACUUCUAUCAUGAAUGCAAACAGAUUGCUGUCUACAUUUUCACAAAAGAAUAGCCAAUCUCCCCGAAUGGCCAACAUGAUCAACAGUGAUGGAACGAUCAUUACUCCUGAUACCCCUCUUCAACCGAAUACUCUGAUUCCGCAGAUCCAGCUUCCACAACAGCAGAUUACACCAGGACCAGGUUCAGUUCAAAACCAGCAACAUUUCAUCACUCCCACCUCUGGAUUUCAGUACUAUAUUCCCAGCAAUGGACAGCCUCAGCAGUUCUAUGAUCCCGUACAAAACCAGUAUUAUACUUUGACACCAUCUGUGCCCAGUGGUUCUCAUCAACCCCAACCUCAGCCUCAGUAUUUCCCAAACACACCUCAACAGAGCACACCUCAACAGUUUGUGCCACUUCAGGCUGCGCAAUCUCCAUCGCAGCCCUACCCUAUUAACACUGCCAACUACUUUCCACAAUAUGCCCAUUCCCAACAGUUGCAAAAAGGAUACGGUGAAAACUUACCAUAUCCUAAUAACCAUCCUGUUGACUCUCCUUCUGAAACACAAAGCCAGCACACAGUGGAGGAACCUUUGGCCAAUGGCACCCGUAACGAUUCUCACCUCAGCCAUCAAAGCUUGCAACACAUAACAUCAGGCAAUGAUGUAAACGACGAGGUUUCUACGUUGCAAAGCAAUAUUGCUGAUCAGCCUUCAAUUUCCAUCGAUAUUGAUGACAAGUUUGAUGACAAGAGCGAAACCAACGAGGAUGAGUUUGAGGGAGAGAAAACAAAAGUUUCUUUAACUGCAUUGGACGUUCAAAAGAACAAGGUCUAG